CUAGAACCUAGUAUCUAGCUAGAACCUAGAACGCAAACGCAAGAAAGUCAAACUCAUCGCGGAAAGGAUCCUUGAGACGCCCGGUAAAUUGGUUGACCCCACAAUAGUGUUCGAAUUGCUUAAUUCAUUGAUUUAUUUGUAUUGUCAUAAUCAAGUGAGUAAUACAUGAGGGUGGUGCGAAAAGAGAGAAAGAUAGAACAACGUUGCACCAAACGAUAAUUGCGAAUAACGAUGGAUGCUGUAUCGAUAACGUCGUACCUAUCAAGCAUAGGGUACACCAUACUCGCCAUGUUCAUCACCACGCUACUCGCAUUGUAUUACUACAUCGAGACCAAUCGUGCUGUUCGUCUGUCGACAAAAAUGCCAAAUCCACCGCGCAUACCCAUCUUAGGUCACAUACUAAUAACAUUGAAAAUAAAACCCGAAGACUUUGUGUGCAAAGGUAUAAAAUAUACUGAGACAUACGGAUCGGUAGUGUCGGCACAUUUAGGACCAAGAGUUUUCACUUUCCUGUCGGAUCCGCACGACAUUGAGAUAAUCUUGAGCAGUAACGUGCACCUCGAAAAAUCGAUGGAAUAUAGACUCUUCAAACCGUGGCUGGGAGACGGCUUGCUGAUCACGAAAGGCGACAAGUGGCGCAAACACAGAAAAGCGAUAGCGCCCGCUUUUCACAUGAGCAUCCUGAAGACAUUUGUGCCUCUGUUUUACGAAAACAGUCUGGAUCUCGUUCGACGACUGCGCGAAAAAGUCGGUCAACAAUUCGAUUGCCAUGAUUAUUUAUCGGCGGUAACUGUAGAUAUCUUGACGGAGACGGCGAUGGGAGUCAGGAGAGAGAGAAGGCAAAACACCGGAUAUGACUAUGCAAUGGCCGUAAUGAAAUUGAGCGAUAUCGUGCACCGGCGGCACUACGACAUGUCGUUACGCCCGGAUACGCUGUUCAAAUUCUCAAAGCUCGCCAAACUACAAAAGCGUUUGCUUCAUACCGUUCACUCGCUAACGGAGAACGUGAUCCAAGAGAAAUGGAAGGACAUCGAGGAGAAGCAGCAGAAUGAAACGCAGGACGAGCAUAUUGAGACGAACAAAUCGAACGCGGGAGACAAGAACAAUAUCGCUAAUUACACAAAGAUGCAUUACGUGAGGGACGACCUUGAUGACAUCGAUGAAAACGACUUAGGCGAGAAGAAGCGACUCGCCUUUUUGGAGAUGUUGAUAGACAUGAAGAAGAAUGGCGGACAGAUGACGGACGAGGAGAUAUGGGAGGAAGUCAACACCAUCAUGUUCGAGGGUCACGACACCACAGCAGCCGGCUCGAGUUUCGCGCUCUGCACGUUGGGAUGUCUUGCGGAAAUCCAGGCACGUGUGCACGAAGAACUGGACAAAAUUUUCGGCGACAGCGACAGGCAGUGUACUUUCCAGGACACGUUGGAGAUGAAGUACCUUGAGAGAGUUAUUUUAGAGACACUCAGGCUCUUUCCGCCGGUACCUUUUAUCGCUAGGAAGCUUAAUGAAGACGUAAGGAUUGUUACAGGCAAUUACGUCAUCCCGAAGGACACCACAACGGUGCUGGUGCAAUUCCUGGUACACCGUAAUGAGAAAUAUUACCCGAAUCCGUUAGUAUUUAAUCCGGACAACUUCCUACCGGAAAAAAUGCAGCAGAGACAUUACUACGCUUUUAUUCCCUUUAGCGCCGGACCGAGAUCGUGCGUGGGACGGAAAUAUGCUAUGCUGAAAUUGAAGGUCCUGUUGUCGACGUUAUUAAGGAACUACCGCAUUACUUCCAAUGUGUCGUACCAAGACUUUGUUCUGCGAAGCGACAUUAUCUUAAAGAGAGGCGACGGAUUCCCCAUCAAGAUUGAGCCGCGCAAACCCGCCUCUCACACGGGAGUUACUAUCCGCGCAUAUGCACCACGCGUACCCAUCCUAGGUCACGCGUUAAUAACCCUAAAACAGAACCCCAAAAAUGUGAUGAAUAAAGGACUUGAAUUUUAUACUAAAUAUGGAUCGGUAGUGUCGGCACAGUUAGGACCAAGAGCUUUUGUUUUCCUUGGAGAUCCGCAGGACAUUGAGAUAAUUUUGCGCAGCCCUGUGCACAUCGAAAAAUCGGUGGAAUAUAGAUUCUUCGAACCGUGGCUGGGAGGUGGCUUGCUGAUCACGAAAGGCGACAAGUGGCGCAAACACAGAAAAGUGAUAGCGCCCACUUUUCACAUGAGCAUCUUGAAGACGUUUGUGCCUCUGAUUUAUGAAAACAGUCUGGAUCUCGUACGACGACUUCGUGAAAAAGUCGGUCAACAAUUCGAUUGCCACGAUUAUCUAUCAGCGAUAACCGUUGACAUCAUGAUGGAAACGGCAAUGGGAAUUAGGAGGGAGAAGAAGCAAAACACCGGACAUGAUUAUGCAAUGGCUAUAAUGAAAAUGGCACCGAAACUUAUCAUUCAAAUUGUCAGUCCCUGCAUUUUAGUAUAUCAUAACAACGAUAUCAUAACACGCGUGCACGAGGAAUUAGACUCAAUCUUCGGCGACAGCGACAGGCCUUGCACUUUCGAGGAUACGAUAGAGAUGAAGUAUCUCGAAAGAGUUAUUCUAGAGACACUCAGGCUUUUCCCGCCUGUACCUGUAAUAGCCAGGAAACUCAAUGAAGAUGUAAGGAUUGUUACAGCCAAUUAUGUCGUCCCAAAGGAUGUCACUGUAGUAAUAGGGCAAUUCGUGGCACACCGUAAUGAGAAAUAUUACCCGAAUCCGUUGGUAUUCAAUCCGGACAACUUCCUACCGGAGAAAAUGCAGCGGAGACAUUACUACGCUUUUAUUCCAUUCAGCGCUGGAUCAAGAUCAUGCGUGGGGCGAAAAUACGCCAUGCUGAAAUUGAAGAUCCUGUUAUCGACGAUAUUGAGAAAUUACCGCAUUACUUCCGACGUGUCGUACCAGGACUUUGCUCUACAAGGCGACAUUAUCCUGAAAAGGAGCGACGGUUUCAACAUCAAGAUCGAGUCACGCAAAUCUACGUCUGAUAAAGGAGUUACACUAAUCGCGCAGAAGCGUGAAGAAGAAUCUCAUCAAGAGUGUAGCAAUAUUUACCUGAGCAUAAUCAUGGAUACGAUAUCGAUUACGACAUCUUACCUACCAAACAUGGCUUAUACUUUACUGGCUUUGUUCGUUACAACGCUUGUCGCAUUGUAUUUCUACAUCGAGACCAAACGUGAUGUUCGCCUUUCGCUGAAAUUACCAAAUCCACCACGCGUGCCCAUCUUAGGACACGCGUUAAUAACUCUACAACAGGAUUCCAACAAUUUAAUGCAUAUUGCAAUUAAAUAUUCUGCUGAAUAUGGACCGGUAGUGUCGGCACAUUUAGGACCAAGAGCUUUUGUUUUCCUUGGAGAUCCACAGGAUAUCGAGAUAAUCUUGAGCAGCCCCGUGCAUAUCGAAAAAUCGGUGGAAUACAGACUCUUCGAACCGUGGCUGGGAGACGGCUUGCUGAUCACGAAAGGCGACAAGUGGCGCAAACACAGAAAAGCGAUAGCGCCCACUUUUCACAUGAGCAUCCUGAAGACAUUUGCGCCUCUGUUUUACGAAAACAGUCUGGAUCUCGUUCGACGACUGCGCGAAAAAGUCGGUCAACAAUUCGAUUGCCAUGAUUAUUUAUCGGCGGUAACUGUAGACAUCUUGACGGAGACGGCGAUGGGAGUCAGGAGAGAGAGAAGGCAAAACACCGGAUAUGACUAUGCAAUGGCCGUAAUGAAACUGAGCGAUAUCGUGCACCGGCGGCAUUUCGACUUGUCGUUACGCUUGGAUGUGUUGUUCAAAUUCUCAAAACUCGCCAAAGUACAAAAAAGUUUGCUCCAAACUAUUCACACCCUAACGGAGAACGUGAUCCGAGAGAAGUGGAAGGUCAUCGAAGAGGAAGAGCAGAAUAAAACGCUGAUCGGUGAUAUCGAGAUGGAAAAAUCGAUCGCGGCCGAAAACGCGCGAGACAACAGCGGUACCGCUAAUUACACAAAGCUGCAUUACGCCAAGGACGACCUCGAUGAUAUCGAUGAGAAUGACACAGGCGAGAAGAAGCGUCUCGCAUUUCUGGAGAUGUUGAUGGACAUGAAGAAGAACGGCGGACAAAUGACCGACGAGGAGAUUUGGGAGGAAGUCAACACCAUCAUGUUCGAGGGUCACGAUACCACAGCAGCUGGUUCUAGUUUCGCACUUUGCGCUUUGGGUUCUCUACCAGAAAUCCAGGCACGCGUGCACGAGGAAUUAGACUCAAUCUUCGGCGACAGCGACAGGCCUUGCACUUUCGAGGAUACGAUAGAGAUGAAGUAUCUCGAAAGAGUUAUUCUAGAGGCUCUCAGGCUUUUCCCGCCUGUACCUAUAAUAGCCAGGAAACUCAAUGAAGAUGUAAGGAUUGUUACAGGCAAUUAUAUUAUUCCAAAAGAUGUCACUGUAAUAAUAACGCAAUUCGUGGCACACCGUAAUGAGAAAUACUAUCCGAAUCCGUUGGUAUUUAAUCCGGACAACUUCCUACCGGAGAAAAUGCAGCAGAGACAUUACUACGCUUUUAUUCCCUUCAGCGCUGGACCAAGAUCGUGCGUGGGUCGAAAAUACGCUAUGCUGAAAUUGAAGGUCCUGUUGUCGACGAUAUUGAGGAAUUAUCGCAUUACGUCCGACGUGUCGUAUCAGGAUUUCGAUUUGCAAGGCGACAUUAUCCUAAAGAGGACCGAUGGUUUCAACAUCAAGAUCGAACCGCGCAAAUCCGCAUCUAAAUAGUUACUAUCCGCGCAUGAGCAUGAAGAAACAUAAACUUAUCAGUGUAUAAAAAUCUCGAUGAAAGUUCUGUUUUCUAUAUUUCAUGUGUUUGUCAAUCAAACAUACGAGCUAUUUGUUUCUUUAUGUAUAUCUUACUCCACUUGGAGAGCGAUGUGUGAAGCUCAGGGUAUCAAAAUGUCAUCAUGUAAUUAUAUUCCCUACAUGAUCUUUACAAUUGGCGAUAAUUAUAAUUUACUUGUAUUUAUAACAUGUUAUCUUUACGAUAUUUGUAUUGGUUACAAAUCUAACGACUGAUAUCGUUAUACUUUACGUAUUUUGAGAUAUAUUAAAAAACGUAAUAAGACAAGACGCAUCAAAAUUAAUCCUUCAUUCU